GACAGUUUAAUCAUCAGUUCGAACAUCUGUCACCAAUGUCAAAAAAGUUUUAUAUUUUAUCGCGAAAUGUACGUCUAACAAUUAAAAAAGCUAAUUAUAAUCGCUCAGAAUUUAGUGGAAAUAAACCGAAAAUACGUAGUAGAUAAACUGAGGAAUUAACGGAAACAGUGCGCAUCUAGCCACGAGUCGACUAUGAAAUAUUUACAACAGAACACGACGUUACUCCUUCAAGUGUAGGAGAGAAAGUUUUUUUCGCAACCGCAAACGAAAUGUUAAGAUGUAGCGCACACGCGGGCGGUCUGUCCUGUUUAUGUAGCCAUAAACGUACGUAAUCUUACGUUUAGUAUUCCAAAAAAAUAAAUCCUAUGUCCAAGAUAAUAAAAAAUAAUAAUAAAUAAUAAACAGGCUUAUUAUUAUCACAUUAAAUAUGGGACUGUCAAUUAGUAGUUCUUAUAGUACUCCCUAUCAAAUAAUAUCUAAAGUGAGUGAGUUUGUUAGGGGGACUAAGAGGAAAUUAAGCGAAAGAGACACCGAAGACAAUAUGGAUAAAAUUAUUGAUAUUGCUAUGCAUACACCAAAAAGGAAAAAAGUUGAAACAACUGCACAAUACAUUUAUCAAGCUUUAUUUAAAGAAGGAAAGAACAGUGAUGUUAAAGUUUCAGCUCUUGGUGUUGACUUCAUGUUACAUAAAAUCUACUUGUGCCAAAGCCCAUAUUUUGCAAGCAUGUUUGGUGGCAGUUGGUUGGAAAGCGAAAAAACUUUUAUUAAUAUUGAUGUUGUGGAUCCUGCGAUUACAAAAGAAUCAUUAAACACAGUUUUCGGCUCAUUAUAUUGCGACGAAAUAAUGUUAAAUCCCAUAGAAGUAAUACCAAUCCUAGCAACAGCCACAAUGUUUCAAUUAGAUGGAAUAAUAGAUAAAUGCCGUGAAGUAAUGAUCGAAACGAUAAAUUCAAAAACAGCUCUAGAUUAUUACUCGGCAGCUUGUCAAUACGGCGAUACAAAACUAAAAGAACGUUCAAUAAAAUGGUUCUUAGUGAAUCUAAUGGGUUAUUUCUAUAAUUUAAGUCAUUUAGAUCAAUUAGGAACGAUCCCGAUUGAUUUAAUGAGCCUGCUGGUUUUGCAUCCCGAUUUAUGCGUUAUGAAAACUGAAAUUACUUUGUAUGUUUUAUUAACGCAAUGGAUGUAUGUUCAAUUACAUCCGGAUGAAGAGUAUUCUUCGCAAGAAAUCACAAAUUUUUAUGGGUCUAGAAAAGAUGAUGUGCCAUAUCUUUUAACGGAAGAGGCGCAUCCUUAUAUUUCGGUUUUUCAAAAUUUACGACUUCAACAUUUAAUAACGCAUCAUAUGGACGUUGAAUUACUUUUAAGAGAAAACGUUAUUCCAAAAGGUUGGAUACAAAACGUGGUUAUGCAACAGUGGAAAUUAACGUUAAAAGUAAAUCAAAACGAAGAAAAAGGCCCAGCCGAAAUUUCACGGGAAUCCUUUUUAUCGUACAGUUUACGAUGUGGAAGAACUUUAGAAGUUAGAGAAAAACAUAUGUGGCGAUGGACGGGAUUUCAUUACGGUGUUGAUCUUAUAAUGAUGGCGGACGAUCGAAGUUUAUCGAUUAAAAGGAAUCAUCGACCCGAAUACGAACAACUUUUAAGUUUGCAAACAGUUCGGCACAUUGCUAUAAGAGUUACAGUUUAUACGUUGAACGAACAAAGGCAGAUUGUAUACUCGCAAUGUUCGGGGAUUAAAUAUUUAUCGUUAUCGAAAAGUGAAGAAACAACUUUAUUGACAUUCGAUCAAAUCAACUUUCCCCUUGUUAUAUCUGCUAACGUUCUUUUUGUAACACCCGAAGAAGUUGAAAAUGUCGAGAACGUCCUUACUGUUACAUAGGUAGGUGUAAAUAUAAUAAAAAUUAAAAAAAAAAUGCAGUUGUAUGCAUUUUUUAAUUUGUAAUUAAUUAAAGGUAGGAUUAUAUUUAAAGAAACGUGUAAAUCAAUUAUUAAUUAUUUUAAUUUUUUUCGAUGUAUUGGAUUUAAUCUCUGUAUUAAUUUGAAUAUUGUGAUCUUUAUUAAAUCGGUAAGUAUCUUUUUUUUAGGUAAUUUUGAUUUACUACGGACGAUGUUGAUUACUUAUUUGUCUUUUCAACAAUUUCGAAAUGUUUCAUUUGUAAGAAUUAUUAAUUUUAUUUUGUAUUAAUUGAGAUGUAGCACAUUUUUAGGUUAAAGUGGGUUUAAAUAAUGACUUGGCAGAUUUGAAUAAUUAGAUUUUGAUUUAAAUAAUUUUUGAGUCAAAUACUGCCUUCUAAAAGAUCUCGCCUUUAAUUUUCUUUUAAAUUUUGUUAUUGAAUUAAUUUAAUUAAUUUUAUACCUUUAUUAACAAUUAAAAAUAGAAACUAAAAAGUAGAUUGUAAGAUUCAAAGUGUCCUUACACGAUUAUAUUUUGAAAACGCAAUUUUUUGUUUCUAACAUGUUUAUUCUUAAAUUAAUAAAUAAGAAUAUUUCAUUUCAUAACAUAAAAACGUGCCAUUCUUUUUUCCAUUAAAAAAAAAGUUCUAAUCGAAAUUAAUUCUAUAAUAUAGAGACGUUACGUUAUUAACCACACUAAUGUGAUAUUUAUUUUAUAUUGUAUAUAACUUACCAUUAUUAUUAAGCUAUUAAAAAAAUCUUGUGUACCUGUAUAAGAUAAUAGCACGAUUAUAACGAUGUAUUUUUCGAUACGUUCGAAAGAUAAUGUUUUAUACAAGUUUGUAUAAAAGCGAAACGAGGUUUUUCUUCUUUUCAAUAAAUCGUAUACUCUAUUAAUUUCUCGACUUUCGUUGACGAUGUAUGUUUUUGACCACUGUAUAAUUUUAAGUAAGUGCUCUUACUAAUUCACUAUUAAUACUAGUCACUAAACUUUCAGAUGCUUAUUUCGUACGGAAAAUAGUACGAACAUGUUAUUAUUUUUGAAUACUAUUUGUUACACAUUUUUGCAAAAUAAAUAAAUAUAUAUAUUUUGGGAAUCGUUA